AUGCUGCAAGAGGUAGGUUUCAACGGGGGAGAACCAAUAAGCGAGGAAUUCUUCAUAAAAAACAUUAGUGGCAAGCAUAAUGAAGAAUUAUGUCGUGUUCUGUUCCCCGAAUGGGAUCUCGAAAAAGCCCGGAAAUUUAUGGAUGAUAAGGAAGAAUUUUUCCGAAGGUUGGCAUCAGAACAAUUAAAACCUAUAGCCGGCCUUGACGAGUUGUGUAACUGGAUUGAAGAUCGUGGUUUGAAACGAGCUGCUGUUACUAAUGCUCCCAGACCAAAUGUUGAAAUGAUGCUCCCGCAACUUGGCCUUGUGGAUUUUUUUGAAAUACUGAUCAUUGGAAGUGAAUGUGAGCGAGCAAAACCUUUUCCUGAUCCUUACUUGGAGGGUCUUCGGGCGCUUGAAGUAUCCCCCGAGCAUGCAUUUGUGUUCGAGGAUUCCGUUUCAGGAAUAAAAGCAGGGACGGAUGCUGGGAUGCCAGUAGUUGGUUUGGCUGUGAGGAACCCGGAGAAAUUACUGUCUGAAGCCGGCGCAACUUUUGUCAUCAAGGAUUUUACAGAUUCAAAGUUGUGGUCAGCUUUAGAAGAUCUUGAGAAGAGGACAGUGGCAAUGGAAGUCACUGCAUGA